CAACGCCCCUUCCUGGGCGGGAACGGACCCGGGCGUUCUUAGGGCGGCGGCGGCGGCCGGGGCUCAGCGCCAUGAACCGGCUGGGGCUGCUGGGGCUGCUCUCCGCGGCGCUGCUGGGCUGCUGGGAGCCUGGUGAUGCCUUAACGUGCUCUGAUAAGCAGUAUGAGUACAAGGGCAGGUGCUGCAACCGGUGUCGGCCAGGGGAAAAGCUGGUCUCCGAGUGCGAUAAAACAGAAACCUCUGUCUGCACCGUCUGUGAGAUGGGGCAAUAUCAGCAGAGCUGGACCAAGGAGAAGCAUUGUGCUCCUCAUGACAUCUGUGAACACAACGCUGGACUCAUCGUGAAGACACAUGGAAAUGCCACGCACAACACGGUGUGCCAGUGCCAGCCUGGCAUGCACUGCUCGGACACCAGCUGCCAGACCUGCGUGGAGAACCAGCCCUGCAGGCCCGGCUCUGGCUUCGUGGCAGCCAAGGCCAUGGAAAGGAAGACAUCCCCCUGUGAACCCUGUGCAGAAGGCACCUUCUCCAACGUCUCUUCUAAAACUGAGCCAUGCCAUCUUUGGACAAGCUGUGAGGAAAAGGGGCUGGCUCUGAAGGUGAAAGGGACAAACACCUCGGAUGUGAUCUGCGAGUCGGGCAGGCGCUCCUCGCUGUCGGUGCUGAUCCCCGUCACGGCCGCAGUCGUCACGUGCCUCGUGGGUGUCUGCAUCUACUGCCUGGUCGACAGAGAUUCCAGACGACGGGUGCAGAAGGAGGCUGGGAUGCCCGGAGAGAACGCAAAUAAGCAGCAGCCCACGGAGCAGGAUGAGAAUGUCUUGCCUGUGCAGGAGACCCUACUCAGAGGCCAGCCUGUGGUCCAGGAGGAUGGCAAGGAGAGCCGCAUGUCGGAGCAGGAGAUGGUGUGAGGGCGCAGGGCACUGCCUCCGACGGGAGCACGGACUGGGAACAGCACCAUCUCCACUGUCCCCUCUCCAGCUGGGGAGGAAAUCUGGCAUCUGGCCUGGCUGCGAGUGAUGUGAUACUGCGGUGGACCAUGGCACGACCACCCCACAGGAAUACCACCACAUCCAGCACCUGGUCUGGCCACCUGCCCUGGGCUGCCCUGGUGGAGCAAGGCUUAAUUGCCUGCACAGGGACAUGGAGCAAGGCUCGGCUGCCCACAUGGGUGCACGGAACAGGGUCCCAUCCUGCUGCCCAAGUGGGUGCUGCAGUGAAGCCCAGAGUGGCUGCUCCCCGGCUGACCCCUGGCAGAGCCUGGUGCACCCACCAGGGCUGCCACAGCAGAGUGUAGCAGCUGAUGGCAAGACCCCCAGCUCAGAGUCUCCCUGCGUGCUGGGGAUGCCACGGCCAGGAGUGGGGCCUGCGGGUGUGGGACUACCACGGCAGAACUGGAGCAGGGCCCGGUGGGUGCUGCUGCCAGGUGGGGCACCGGGUACCUCGUACCGGCCCAGUCCCCCAGUGCUGCCCAGCGCUGCCGGGCUCCGUGGGAUGAACCGGCGGGCCCGCGGCUCAGCUCUGGGACGGGGCGGGGAUCGGGGCGGCGGGGCCGGACCGCGGACACCGGCGUGCGGCGGCCGGGAGAUGGUGCUGCGGGACCGGCGCGGGCUGCGCGGGGAGGGACCGGCACCGCCCCGCGUGGGCUCCGAGUGGGUUCGGGGGGCGCUGGCCCCGGGACUGCCCAGCGCGGGCCCUUCUCCCGCGGCUCCCCCGCGCACCCGCCGGUACGUGCGGGAGCGGCCGCGCUCCGUCACCCUCCACCCACCGUUGGCAAAAACCUGUGAUUAAACGUCAUUAUCCGUCCCCUGUGAGUGAGCAGCCCGAGCCCCCGCGCCCACCGGCGCCCCCGGGACCGGCGCUUGCAGGUCUGAUGCUGCGGGAGAGACGUUCUGGGCAUGGGCAGGUGAUCCCAGGACAGAUGCUUCAACCAGAGGAGGGAGGGAAAAGCCACCACUAGCUAUGCUGACCCCCACCGUGGCCCCAGGACCUCACCAGCACACCCUGUCUGGGCCCACAGGGGACCGAGGGUGCAGGCAGGGCUGCCUGCAGCAUGCAGCUCUGUGACCUCUCCUUGCUGCUCCGGCAGCAGAUGCACAAGUGGGGUUCAUCCCGCUGCAGGGUGCUGGGGGGCAGCAGCAGAGCCACUGUGGUCCCCAACACACUGAUGUGGGGCUGGACUUCAGUGGCACCAAGCCCACUGCAGGCUUCAGGUACUGGGAGCAGCCACAGCCCGCGACCCACCACCACCUGAGCACAGGCAGCACGGCACAGCAAAGGCCAUAAAUCCCAGAGCAGGAGCAGCUGGAGCAAGGAGCGACUGCCUGUACAGGCAGUGGCACAUUAUUUAAGGUUCCUCUUAAAACCUAAUGUUAGGUUUAAUAAGGGAGAUAAAAGCAUGUCAGGAGCUUUCCCUCCUCUCAGGGCUCAGCGUUCCCAGCAGUGCCGAUGAGGUGGUCCCAGCCUGGCCAGCAUUCCCUUGGCACCAGCCUAGAGAACAUGCAGUUUUGGGGGCAAAUGUGACCCUGCUCCUGCUGGAGGAGGGGGCUGGUGUCAUGUGGGCCACAGAUGCAGAGUCUUUGGCCUCAAACAUGAAGCUUUUGGCCCCGAAUGGCCCCCAAAGGACUGUCUCCCCACAGUGGUGGGCCAGCCCCUCUGGGGCCACCUCCCCCAGGGCUGACCCUUCCCGGCUGGCACACAGCGUGUUCAGUGCCUGCUCCCGCAUGUCAGACAUGUGCCAUCUCGUUAGCCUGUCUGUCCCCCAAAGUGAGGAGGGAGAGCAUGUGAGGUCUAAUUGAAUGUAACUAAUUAUUCACUCUGCAAAUGCUCUGUUUAAAUGGGAUUGUGAGGGACAGAAUUACUCAUUCUGAAAAGGGGAGAGAAAGAGAGAAAGACAGAGAUAAAACAAAUAGAGGCGGAUGCUGGAGCUGCAGCUCUCUUUCUCCCCAGAAUACCAAUUACUGGAUGAAGUGAUUGUAUAAAUCUUUACCGAGUGAACGGAC